GCGUCCGAUUUGCUAAGAAUUUUUAACCGAUUUCGAAAAAGCAGUGGUCAGUGAAUUUUUGGUGGAAUUCGGACAGUUAAUUAUUUAACACUCGCGAAAAUUGGGUCAUCCACGAUAAUCUGAGGCGUGUGAUCUGGAGCGAGUAAACACUUCUUUCAUUGAGAACGUUCAUUCUUGAGAAAGAGAGCAAACUUGCAAUCUAUUAUUUUCAUGCUUUGUUGCAGUCAUCGAUGUAAACAAACAAAUUGCAUGCCAAUUGAUAUACUUUCGUGUUGCAAUUUUAUCUGCGGAAGAGCUUUUGCAAAUAUUUUAUCUUUCAAUGGUACAAGGAUUUAGUUCAUGAUGCAAUUCCUCUUAUUAUUGCUAUUUCUCUUCCAAGUAUCUCCAGGGCGAGCAGAUUUAUUUGAGCUUUCGGUGAUACACCUAAACGAUUUCCAUGCAAGAUUUGAGCAAACGGGUCCUCGAUCAGGAGUAUGUCACAAAGAAAACGAAAAGGAAUGUGUCGGUGGAAUAGCAAGAAUAUCGACGGCAGUGAAUCGAUUAAUGAAAGAUAGACCAAAUCCAAUUUUCCUGAAUGCCGGUGACAACUUUCAAGGAACAUUUUGGUACAACGUCCAUCGUUGGAAUGUGACAGCAACUUUCAUGAACAUGUUACCGCACGACGUUAUGACAUUAGGAAAUCACGAAUUCGAUAACAACGUGGAGGGUGUCGUUCCUUAUUUGAAAGCGGUUAAAGCUCCGGUGGUGGUCACGAAUAUAGACGCAACUGAAGAACCAACGAUGCAGGGACUGUACAAAAACAGUACAAUCAUCGAGAGAGGCGGCAGGAAAAUCGGAGUUAUCGGCGUCAUUUUAUCGACUACAAACACAAUCGCCGUGACGGGGAAAUUAAAGUUUCUGGACGAGGUGGAAACGGUGAACGCCGAGGCACGUAGAUUAAAGUCUCAAGGAGUUCACAUUAUUAUCGUUUUGAGUCAUUGUGGUUUAGACGUGGACAGAAUAAUGGCAGCUAAGUGUCCUUUAAUCGAUGUCAUCGUUGGAGGACACACGCACACGUUCCUCUACUCGGGAACACCUCCCUUUAUCGACGUCCCUGAGGACAAGUAUCCUGUGGUGGUUGUACAAGAAAAUACCAACAGAAACGUGUUGAUCGUUCAAGCAGCAGCUUACACCAAGUACCUGGGAAACUUGACGGUAUGGUUCGACGAGGAUGGCGAGGUUGUUCAGUGGGCUGGAAAUCCGAUUCUUCUUGAUCAAUCCAUCGAGCAAGAUCCUGAAAUGGUGAAAGCUUUGGAACCCUGGAAAGAAAGCGUAGACGAGAAAGCAUCAGCCUCGAUAGCUUACUCGAGGGUUUUUCUCGACAAUCGCUGUCGCACUAAUGAGUGUAAUUUUGGCAAUUUAAUCACGGACGCUAUGGUGGAUUCUUACGUGGAACAGGCAGAGAAUCCGAACGUUUGGACAUACGCUGCAGUAGCGUGUACAAAUCCUGGAGGAAUUCGUACUUCUAUUGAUUCCAUGGGUCGGAACAUCACUUUAGGUGAUUUAAUAACAGCCAUUCCAUUCGAAAACACGUGGGACAUUCUUGAACUAAAAGGCAGCUGUAUCAUGCAGAUCCUAGAAAUGAAACAGACUUUAAUAUGGUCAGGACUAAAAGCAACUUAUAAGAUGAAUGACACUUCCAAAAACGUGGUGGAUGUUAAAAUACGAUGCCGAGAGUGUGAAGUGCCAAGGUUCGAAAAUGUAGUGGAAGAUAAAUGGUACAGGAUAGUGGUUCCAAAUUUUUUGGUCGAUGCGGGUGAUGGAUUCGAUCCUUUCAAAACCUGCGGCAAAAAUCACAAAGUCGGAUAUCUCGAAUCCGAUCUAUUGGCAGCGUACAUGAAGAAAAUCAGCCCGAUAUUAACCGGAAACGAUGGACGAGCUGUUUUUCUAAAUGUUGUCAAAUCGAAGAGAUCAGAAAAUUUCUUGUAGAUUAUAAAAUUUAGUUGAAAAGUACAUCGUUAACAAAAACUUUUCGUUGCAUGCUUGUUUCAAACGAAUGGAGAGUACAUAAUAAAUCUUACGCUCUAAUUAUGUUUGCUACCUUUCUCUAGCACGAUCUACUGGUAGCGAUAACAAUCUUUUUUGUAAAUACGUAUCCAAGCGUUUUAAGUACGUUUUCUAAUCGGGAAACUCUUAAAGAACGUAAGCACGAUAAUAAUAGGAUAUGAAAUCGUACAGCGUAGCGAUAGCGCAGUUUCCAAGAGAAGAAAGGCCAGAUGUAUUCGUGUGAUGGUUUAAUUUGGCGAGCUUGUUCGCCAAAGGAAAAACCUCGAGAAAGAAGCGGCGACGAAAAUCUCGCGUGAUAUCGUCGUGAAAGCAGGAAACGUUUGGGCGCUUAUCUCGCGGUAUCUUGACAUCACGGCAGGUGAAGCAUUUAAAUAAUAUAUCGAACAGGUGAAAUAGCAGCUGUUCGUCUGCAUCGUUGCCCUCCGCCAGAACGCGUGAAUCGCUUUGGAGUGCCGCGAGAAUGUUUCUUUUUACACACGAAAUUCGCUUUACGCACUCUUUUCUCAUCGUGACAUAGUUCCGUCCUUCUUUCCGUACUUUUAUCGCCUUUCUCUCACGAAAAUCUAACGAGUUCGAUCGAUUAUCUUUCUAGUUUCAGAGUGCCGGAAAGAUUGAAGGCAGAAGGAUGGCAAUCAAAUUUCAAUUUGCAUUGUAAAAGUUAUAACGGAGGUAACGAAGGACAUUAGUAGACGAAUUAUGACGAUUAAUUGAAGCAAUAAUGUCUGGCCGUGACUGAUACGAGCAGUAAUAUACACCAAAAGGAGAGGGUCGUAAAUAGUAGCCCAAAUUCUCUGUUCAACAAUCUCUUAAUGAAGACUCUAAUCACCAUCUUAAAAGUCCACGUUUCAAUUUACAGAGAAUAUAUGACAACCCGACAGCUGCUUCUCGAUUCCUGAAAUUCCUGUGUUCAUCCACGAACCGUCCAGCAACUACCUGACCAAUCAUCUAUCUCCAUACCUUCGACAACCUUGUCAAGCAACAACUAGAUCGCCUAACGGGUUACACCGUGUAAGAUAUAAUUUUAUUCGACGAUAAUGCAUUCGAGGUUAACACCUAACCCAUUGUUAUCCACUAAACGUUGCCUCUAUGAAUUUUUAUCUGUGCGUCUUGUUUGUAUUAUGUAACCCUCGUUGGACGCUCCUGGUUGCAUA